UGGCGGCCCUGUCAGACGAGGGUCAGUGAAUUGCCGCUAAUUACAUUAUGAAAGAACCACAUAUUCCAUGUAUUCACUUCCCACCGCCACAAAGGGAACUUUAUAGAGGAGAGCGAGGGCUACAUAUAUUACAUAUCCCCGUCAGAGACUGGCUGCUGAGCGAAUGUUGGCACAGCCCGACUAUCCGCACUGACGCGACCCCAGAGCCCUGAUGCACCUGCUCACCUGUCUAUCCCGCGGUCGCUAGGCGUGCUUGGCCCCGCCCAUCGGGAAGCCCCGGCGCAGGCGCAUUGAGAGGUACCGCAGGCAGGGGGCGUCAACAUGGCGGAGGAGUGAGCGGCGUCUGGUCUUAUCACAACAACGCCAGCUGCAGCCACCGCAGGAUUGGGUGCACCGUUAUCUACCCAUAAGCUCAGUGCUCGGCGGCAUCCAGACUCCAGUGGUCCCUCUGUUCCUUCUUCCGCUUCUCCCGCCCCUGGUGCUGCGUUGUAUGAGUGAGGGACAGGCAGGCAGGUGGGUGAUGGAGGGGGGCUCGGUGCUGACACUAUCCAUCCCCCAGGGACCGGGGAGCAGCCAGUGAAGUGGCCGCGCUGCCUCCUCAUUGGAAGAGAUCAACGCUCCGGCUGUCGGGGGGUGACUCAUCCCGUUACUCGGAGGAAUUGAGCGCGAGGAGCCCCGGAGAAGCGCGUUACUGGGGGAAGGAUGUCUGCCGAGAAAGCCCUAGUGGGGGUCGGCUGUACGGACAGGGAUGCUGCCGGGAUAUCAUGUGCCGGUGCCUCCGGAUCCAUGGUCCUGCCCGGCGGGGUGAUCAACCCGUCUGUCCCCAUCCGCAACAUGAGGAUGAAAUUCGCUGUUCUCAUUGGACUCAUCCAGGUCGGGGAGGUCAGCAACAGAGACAUCGUGGAGACGGUAUUAAACCUGUUGGUUGGAGGAGAAUUUGACCUGGAGAUGAAUUUUAUCAUUCAAGAUGCAGAAAGCAUAACGUGUAUGUCGGAACUGUUAGAGCACUGUGACGUGACAUGCCAGGCCGAGAUCUGGAGCAUGUUCACUGCUAUUCUACGGAAGAGUGUCCGGAACCUGCAAACCAGCACCGAAGUUGGCCUCAUUGAGCAAGUUCUUCUGAAGAUGCCCUCUGUGGAUGACAUGAUUGCAGAUCUUCUAGUUGAUAUGUUGGGAGUACUCGCCAGCUACAGUAUCACAGUGAAGGAGCUCAAGCUUCUGUUCAGCAUGCUGCGGGGAGAAAAUGGAAUCUGGCCAAGACAUGCGGUGAAACUGUUAUCCGUGCUCAAUCAGAUGCCACAGAGACACGGGCCUGACACAUUUUUCAACUUUCCUGGAAGGAGUGCCGCAGCUAUCGCACUGCCUCCAAUUGCCAAGUGGCCUUACCAGAAUGGUUUUACUCUGAACACAUGGUUUCGCAUGGAUCCUUUAAAUAAUAUCAAUGUUGAUAAGGAUAAACCAUACCUCUACUGCUUUCGCACAAGCAAAGGAGUCGGAUAUUCUGCACAUUUUGUUGGCAACUGCUUGAUAGUGACAUCUUUAAAAUCAAAAGGCAAAGGUUUUCAGCACUGUGUGAAGUAUGAUUUUCAGCCCCGCAAGUGGUAUAUGAUCAGCAUUGUGCAUAUCUACAACCGCUGGCGAAAUAGUGAGAUUCGAUGUUAUGUGAAUGGGCAGCUGGUUUCUUAUGGAGACAUGGCAUGGCACGUCAAUACAAAUGAUAGUUAUGACAAAUGCUUCCUUGGUUCAUCGGAGACUGCAGAUGCCAAUCGAGUGUUUUGUGGGCAGCUUGGAGCCGUGUACGUGUUCAUCGAGGCUCUCAACCCUGCACAGAUCUUUGCCAUUCAUCAGCUUGGGCCAGGCUAUAAGAGUACUUUUAAAUUUAAGUCAGAGAGUGAUAUCCAUCUUGCUGAACACCACAAACAAGUUCUGUAUGAUGGGAAGCUAGCGAGCAGUAUAGCGUUUACGUACAACGCAAAGGCGACAGACGCCCAGCUUUGCCUCGAAUCAUCACCAAAGGAAAAUGCAUCCAUUUUUGUGCAUUCACCCCAUGCAUUAAUGCUCCAGGAUGUAAAAGCGAUCGUAACCCAUUCCAUACACAGCGCCAUUCACUCCAUUGGGGGAAUCCAGGUUCUCUUUCCACUCUUUGCACAACUGGACAAUCGACAACUGACUGACAGUCAAGUGGAAACCACCGUCUGUGCCACCCUCUUGGCUUUCCUCGUUGAGCUUUUGAAAAGUUCAGUAGCCAUGCAGGAACAAAUGCUUGGUGGAAAAGGUUUUUUAGUAAUUGGCUACCUCUUGGAGAAGUCUUCAAGAGUCCAUAUAACUAGAGCGGUUCUGGAGCAGUUCCUGUCAUUUGCAAAGUACUUGGACGGCCUUUCUCAUGGAGCACCCUUACUCAAGCAGCUCUGCGAUCAUAUCUUGUUCAACCCUGCUAUUUGGAUACACACGCCAGCAAAGGUUCAACUUUCCUUGUACACCUAUUUAUCAGCAGAGUUUAUUGGCACUGCCACAAUAUACACCACCAUCCGACGGGUGGGAACAGUAUUACAGCUCAUGCAUACCUUGAAAUAUUACUAUUGGGUUGUUAAUCCCAUAGACAGUAGUGGAAUCAACCCAAAGGGCUUAGAUGGUUCUCGGCCUUCACAGAAAGAAAUUAUCUCAUUAAGAGCAUUCAUGCUGCUAUUUCUGAAGCAACUCAUACUUAAGGAUCGAGGUGUGAAAGAAGAUGAGCUUCAGAGCAUAAUGAACUACUUGCUAACAAUGCACGAGGAUGAGAAUAUCCAUGAUGUGCUACAGUUGUUAGUGGCUCUUAUGUCCGAGCACCCAGCCUCAAUGAUACCUGCGUUUGAUCAGAGGAAUGGAAUACGGGUCAUCUAUAAAUUACUUGCUUCUAAAAGUGAAAGUAUCCGUGUGCAAGCAUUGAAGGUUCUGGGAUACUUUCUAAAACACUUAGGCCACAAACGGAAGGUGGAGAUCAUGCACACUCACAGUUUGUUCACGCUGCUCGGAGAGAGGCUGAUGCUCCAUGCGAAUACGUUAACAGUCACAACGUAUAACACGUUAUAUGAGAUUUUAACAGAGCAAGUUUGCACCCAGGUUGUGCAUAAGCCUCACCCAGAGCCAGAUUCAACUGUAAAAAUCCAGAAUCCAAUGAUUCUGAAGGUGGUAGCAACACUACUAAAAAAUUCCACCCCAAGCUCAGAGCUAAUGGAAGUAAGGCGCCUGUUCUUGUCAGACAUGAUAAAGCUAUUCAGCAACAGCCGAGAGAAUAGACGGUGCUUGCUUCAGUGCUCAGUGUGGCAGGACUGGAUGUUUUCCCUAGGUUACAUUAAUCCUAAGAAUUCGGAGGAACAGAAGAUUACAGAAAUGGUUUACAACAUUUUCAGGAUACUUCUGUAUCACGCCAUCAAAUAUGAAUGGGGAGGUUGGAGAGUCUGGGUAGAUACCCUCUCUAUAGCACAUUCAAAGGUGACUUAUGAAGCUCACAAAGAGUAUUUAGCAAAAAUGUAUGAAGAAUAUCAAAGACAAGAAGAAGAAAACAUCAAAAAAGGGAAGAAAGGAAAUGUCAGCACCAUAUCUGGCCUCUCAUCACAGGCAGUAGCUGCCAAAGGUGGACUAGAGCUUCGAGAGAUAGAAGACCUUUCACAGAGUCAAAGUCCUGAAAGCGAGACCGAUUACCCCGUUAAUACUGACACCAGGGAUUUACUAAUUGCAACAAAAAUUUCUGACAACUCUCUUGCAAGUUCUGACAGGCCGUCAGGUGGCGUUCGUGUGGAGGUUCAUGAUCUUUUAGUUGAUAUUAAGGCAGAAAAGGUGGAAGCCACUGAGGUAAAACUGGAUGACCUCGAUUUAUCUCCCGAAACUCUAGUUGGCAGAGAAAAUGGGGCUCUAGUAGAGGUAGAGUCACUCCUGGAUAAUGUUUAUUGUUCUGCAGUAGAAAAACUGCAAAAUAAUGUCCACGACAGUGUUGGUAUUAUAAAAGAAACUGAAGAGAAGGAUGGACCUUUGAUAACUUUAGCUGAUGAAAAAGAUCAACCUACCCCUAAUAAUACCUCAUUUCUUUUUGAUAAGAUGACAAAUUCUGAUGACAAACUCUUACCCGAACUGUCUAGUAGCAACCACAUUACCCUUGCGAAUGUUCAGGAUGCCCACGUGCACCUUGGCGUAAACGACGAUCUUGGUUUGUUGGCUCACAUGACCGGAAGUGUGGAUCUCACUUGUGCCCCAGGUGUAAUUGGGGACAAGGAUUUCAAGAUCCAUACGACAGCCGAUAGCUUGAGCAGCAUCUCUGAUAGGGAGCUGGCUGCUUCUUCUAAAGGUCUCGACUACCAUCAAAUGACUGCUACAACUCUAGAGCUUGAGACUACUGGAAGUAAAUCCAUAGUAAAUAUGGAUGCGAGUAGCACGUUGUCCGAUACAGAGAGGUCUGAUGAUGGCAGGGAACUGGGCAAAGAAAUCAAGAAAAUCCAGACAACUGCUACUACAACACAAGCUGUUCAAGGACGAGCAUUGAACCCACAUGAGCGAGACCUUCGGGUUGACCUGGGAUUCCGUGGCAUGCCAAUGACCGAGGAGCAGCGCCGCCAGUUCAGUCCUGGUCCACGUACGACAAUGUUUCGUAUUCCCGAGUUCAAGUGGUCUCCAAUGCACCAGCGGCUCCUCACAGACUUGCUCUUUGCCUUGGAAACAGAUGUUCAUGUUUGGAGAAGCCAUUCAACGAAAUCUGUCAUGGACUUUGUUAACAGCAACGAAAAUAUCAUUUUUGUUCACAACACAAUCCACCUAAUUUCCCAGAUGGUCGACAAUAUCAUUAUCGCAUGCGGAGGAAUAUUGCCUUUGUUGUCUGCCGCCACCUCUCCAACUGGUUCUAAGGUUAGUAUAACUGAUACUGAGCUGGAGAAUAUUGAAGUAACCCAAGGAAUGUCAUCGGAGACCGCAGUGACUUUCCUCAGUCGUCUCAUGGCCAUGGUGGAUGUACUUGUUUUUGCCAGCUCCCUAAAUUUCAGUGAAAUUGAAGCAGAGAAGAACAUGUCUUCUGGAGGCUUAAUGAGACAGUGCCUGAGGCUUGUUUGUUGUGUAGCUGUGAGAAACUGUUUGGAGUGUCGACAGCGGCAAAGAGAACGAGGGUCCAAACCUUCCCUGGGCAGCAGUAAAGUCCAGGACAGCCUCCAGAAUGUGCCUGCAAGCGCCUCAACUAAGACUCCAGUAGACAGUGUUCCAGGGAACCUUUCGCCAAUUAAAGACCCGGAUCGACUUCUUCAAGAUGUUGAUAUAAAUCGGCUGCGCGCCGUGGUCUUCCGGGAUGUUGAUGACAGCAAGCAGGCUCAGUUUUUAGCACUGGCUGUGGUUUACUUCAUCUCAGUUUUAAUGGUCUCUAAAUACCGUGAUAUAUUGGAGCCGCAGAGAGAAACUGCCAGAUCAGCCAACCAAGCUGCUAGAAACAUCAGGCAAGAAAUUAACUCGCCUACAAGUACAGAAACACCAGCUUUGUUUCCAGACCUCAAAGAGAAAGAAACCCCAACCCCCACUGAAGAGCUUCAUUUAGAAAGUUCCAUCCCUCACACAGAUUCCGGAAUUGGAGAAGAACACAUUAGCAGUAUAUUAAAUGGAACAGAUUUAGAUCCCAAUACAAGUCUCGAUGUCAUGGGAGAACUUUUGUCUACAUUGUCCUCCGAUGUGAAGAAAUCACAAGAAAGUUUAAUGGAAAGUCCCAGUGAGCUGCUGAAACCUGCGCCAUCAAUAUCCAGCAUCAGCCAAAGCAAAGGCAUCAAUGUUAAGGAGAUAUUAAAAAGUCUGGUUUCUGCUCCAUUUGAAAUUGCAGAGACUGGGCCAGACCCUGUUCCGUAUCCAGACCCUGCUCUAAAGAGAGAAGCCCAAGCCAUUCUUCCUAUGCAGUUUCAUUCAUUUGACAGAAGUGUUGUUGUACCUGUGAAAAAACCUCCCCCUGGCAGUUUAGCUGUGAAUACUGUUGGAGCUGCCAGUGGUGGUGGCAUUACCCCGAGCACUACCCCAAACAUAUUUGCUGCUACUGGAGCCACGCCCAAGAGUAUGAUCAAUACUACAGGUGCUGUGGAUUCUGCUUCCUCCUCAUCCUCUUCGUCUUCUGGCUUUGUGAAUGGUGCUACAAGUAAAAACCUUCCAGCUGUGCAGUCUGUGGCCCCAAUGCCAGAGGAUUCAGCUGAGAACACAAGUAUUACAGCUAAACUUGAAAGAGCAUUAGAGAAGGUGGCUCCUCUGUUGCGGGAAAUAUUUGUUGAUUUUGCCCCCUUUCUGUCCCGGACAUUACUUGGAAGCCAUGGACAAGAGCUUUUAAUUGAAGGACUGGUCUGCAUGAAGUCCAGCACCUCGGUGGUUGAGUUGGUCAUGUUGCUUUGCUCGCAGGAAUGGCAAAAUUCAAUUCAGAAGAAUGCAGGACUUGCUUUUAUCGAGCUUAUCAAUGAGGGCAGACUCCUGUGCCAUGCAAUGAAAGACCACAUAGUGCGGGUGGCAAAUGAGGCCGAAUUUAUUUUAAAUAGACAGAGAGCGGAAGAUGUACACAAACACGCGGAGUUUGAGUCCCAGUGUGCUCAGUAUGCUGCUGACCGUAGAGAAGAAGAGAAGAUGUGUGACCAUCUUAUCAGCGCUGCCAAACACAGAGAUCACGUGACAGCCAAUCAGCUAAAGCAGAAGAUCGUUAAUAUUCUCACCAACAAACAUGGAGCCUGGGGUGCCAUAUCUCAAAGCCAACUUCAUGACUUCUGGCGGCUGGAUUACUGGGAGGAUGACUUGCGCCGGAGAAGGCGUUUUGUUCGCAAUGCAUUUGGAUCUACGCAUUCCGAGGCUCAACUGAAAUCUGCUAUUGAAUAUGGCACAGAGGAAGAUGUGAUGAAGUCAAAGAAGACUUUCCGAAGUCAGCCUGCCGUUAAUCAGAAUGCAGAAACCGAGCUAAUGCUGGAAGGGGACGACGAUGCCGUUAGUCUGCUGCAAGAGAAAGAAAUAGACAACCUGGCAGGUCCUGUAGUGCUCAGCACCCCUGCCCAGCUCAUUGCACCCGUUGUAGUUGCCAAGGGCACCCUCUCCAUUACCACCACCGAGAUCUACUUUGAAGUGGACGAGGAAGACCCGACCUUCAAAAAGAUCGACCCAAAGAUCCUUGGUUACACAGAAGGUCUACAUGGAAAAUGGAUGUUCAGCGAAAUUCGAGCUGUGUUCUCCAGGCGUUAUCUCCUGCAAAAUACUGCACUGGAGGUGUUUAUGGCAAACCGCACUUCGGUUAUGUUCAAUUUUCCGGAUCAGGCCACAGUUAAAAAAGUUGUGUACAGCCUACCUCGUGUUGGCGUGGGUACCAGUUAUGGUUUACCGCAAGCCAGGAGAAUAUCUCUGGCCACUCCCAGGCAGCUAUUUAAAUCCUCCAACAUGACUCAACGCUGGCAGCGCCGGGAGAUCUCAAACUUUGAAUACUUGAUGUUCCUUAAUACCAUAGCAGGACGAACGUACAAUGAUUUGAAUCAGUAUCCUGUAUUUCCGUGGGUGUUGACAAAUUAUGAAUCCGAGGAGCUAGAUCUAACUCUUCCAGGCAACUUCAGGGAUCUUUCGAAGCCUAUCGGUGCUUUGAAUCCAAAGAGAGCAGUGUUUUAUGCAGAGCGCUAUGAAACCUGGGAGGAUGAGCAGACCCCGCCCUAUCACUACAACACCCAUUACUCCACCUCCCUGUUUACAUUAUGUUGGCUUGUGCGAAUUGAACCUUUUACUACGUUUUUCCUCAAUGCCAACGACAGCAAAUUUGACCAUUCAGAUAGGACAUUUUCCUCAGUUGCAAGAUCCUGGAGAAACAGCCAAAGAGACACAUCAGAUGUAAAGGAGUUAAUUCCAGAGUUCUACUACCUGCCAGAGAUGUUUGUCAACAGCAACGGGUAUAAUUUUGGCAUUAGAGAUGACAGUGUGGUAGUGAAUAAUGUUGACCUUCCACCAUGGGCCAAGAACCCAGAAGACUUUGUUCGGAUCAACAGAAUGGCUCUUGAAAGUGAAUUUGUAUCUUGUCAACUGCAUCAGUGGAUUGAUCUCGUCUUUGGCUACAAGCAGCGAGGCCCAGAAGCAGUGCGAGCACUAAAUGUCUUUCACUAUCUUACGUAUGAAGGCUCUGUAAAUUUGGACAGUGUCACUGAUCCUGUGCUACGAGAGGCCAUGGAGGCACAGAUACACAAUUUUGGACAGACGCCAUCUCAGUUGCUUAUCGAGCCACAUCCACCUCGAAGCUCAGCGAUGCACCUGUGUUUCCUACCACAGAGUCCUCUUAUGUUUAAAGAUCAGAUGCAGCAAGAUGUCAUAAUGGUGCUGAAAUUUCCAUCCAACUCUCCAGUCACUCAUGUUGCCGCCAACACCCUUCCCCACCUUACUAUCCCCGCAGCAGUUACAGUCACCUGCAGCAGACUAUUCGCAGUAAAUAGGUGGCACAAUACUGUUGGCUUGAGAGGUGCACCAGGCUACUCAUUGGAUCAAGCCCAUCAUCUGCCCAUUGAAAUGGAUUCAUUGAUUGCCAACAACUCUGGAGCGAGCAAGCGCCAAAUUACGGACCUUGUGGAUCAGAGCAUACAAAUUAAUGCACAUUGCUUUGUGGUCACUGCUGAUAAUCGUUACAUUCUUGUCUGUGGCUUCUGGGACAAAAGUUUCCGGGUAUACUCAACUGAGACAGGAAAAUUAACACAGAUUGUGUUUGGACAUUGGGAUGUUGUUACUUGCCUGGCAAGAUCAGAGUCUUAUAUCGGGGGUGACUGCUAUAUUGUUUCGGGGUCACGGGAUGCUACACUCCUUCUCUGGUACUGGAGUGGAAGGCAUCAUAUCAUCGGAGACAACCCAAAUAACAGUGAUUACCCCGCUCCAAGAGCCGUCCUCACUGGCCAUGAUCAUGAGGUUGUCUGUGUGUCUGUGUGUGCCGAACUGGGCCUUGUUAUCAGUGGAGCUAAAGAAGGUCCGUGUUUAGUUCAUACCAUCACUGGAGAUCUGCUAAGAGCCCUGGAGGGACCAGACCACUGCCUUUAUCCUAGAUUAAUUUCGGUUUCCAGUGAGGGCCACUGUAUUAUAUAUUAUGAACGGGGCAGGUUUUGCAAUUUCAGCAUUAAUGGAAAACUUCUGGGCCAGAUGGAGAGCAAUGAUUCCACUCGGGCCAUACUUCUGAGCAGUGAUGGGCAGAAUCUUGUGACUGGUGGAGAUAACGGUAUAGUGGAGGUUUGGCAAGCUUGUGAUUUUAAGCAGCUUUACAUUUACCCUGGCUGUGAUGCUGGAAUAAGAGCCAUGGACCUAUCACACGAUCAGAGGACUCUGAUUACUGGAAUGGCUUCUGGUAGCAUUGUAGCUUUUAAUAUAGAUUUUAACCGGUGGCAUUAUGAACACCAGAACAGAUACUGAAGCUGGCUGAAGAUGGGAAAGCCAAGUAUGGGCCCAGAGCUCAAGUGCUGCAGUGAGAAGGUGUUGUCAUCUCUGGUAGAAGAACCAAGCCUGCAUUGACCUCCGUUGUACAUUCCAUUACACCCAGCAAUAGCUGUACAUUGUAGUCAGCAACCAUUUUUUCUUGUGUGUUUUUUCCACAACUGAACACCAGCUGCUAACAGGCGAGCUUGUCUCAUGUAAAAUAUGACGAUUAGGAGAUGUUUUGGUAACUAUAUCAAACUUUAUUUAUCUAAAAAACCAAAAUGGUGAUAGGAUGUAUUACAAAGAGACUUUCGGUAACUAUGAAGAACCUUGCGUUCAGCUGUAACGGUGUUUAGUCCACAAAUCACACAUCCCGUUUCCAGCCUCUUUUCAAGCUGUGAAAGAAAAAAAAAAUAUAUGUUUGAUACUUUUUACAUCAGAUGCAAGACAGGGAUACUUUUGUAAAAGUAAAACCUUGUAUAAAGAACAAACAGAUGAAAAAAAAAAUUUCUUAAUUUUAUCAUGGAGCUACAAUGUGCUUAUACUUUAAGCCUUGACGUCUUGAUGGAACAGGUGUUUGAAAGAAAUAUAAUUUAAAACAAAUUGCAGCUCAUUGCAAAUGAUGGAAUGCGGGGUUAACCAUUAAACCUAACGUUUGCAGCAAAAUGUGCAUUGCACUUUGUUAUUGUCCCUUCGAAGAAAAGUCUUUUCAGUCUAGGGAUAUAAAGCCAUGGUUUGCCAUUAUUCUUUCACGAGAGAUAUAGAUUUGCUGUUUCUCUUCACUAGUUUAUUUAUCAUAACAAAGGAGAACAGAUGCGAAAAAGCCCUGGCAGUAGAAACAAAUGUCAAGGUGCCGAAUGACUGCACGCUGGGGAGAACGUAGCAUAGCCCCGUCCUACCUUGAGCAGGUAAUUAGGGUUAUGAGUUGGGCUCAUUUCUGUGCUUUCUUUCUUGAUAAAAAUGCUUUGUUCCUUAGAACUUGGGUUUUGGUGUAACAGGAUUAGUGUUAACCUGUGCAGCUGUGUAAAGCCGCAUUCCCAGCCUAAGUCGGAGACGUUGCUUUACAAUUUACUGUACUGCAGUGAUGACUGUCUGAAUCAUUCCCUGCACAAUGUACCGGUAAAGGAAAAAAAAAGACACACCCAGGGGUAAAUACACGUUUCUUCUUUGUAUAUUUGGUGACUGUAUUGUCAUAGAUGUACAUAUUGUGUCGGUAGGGCUAUAAGGCAUGUAUCAGGAAUGUAAUUUUCUCCAAAUUUACACUCUCACUUGCAGUCAUUUAUUUAAAAACGAAAGAAAAAAAAAAAAAGUCAAAUGAAAUAAUGAAUUCUUGUAUUGGCACUUUGCACCAGAAACAUAUCAUUAUUUAUUGAUGUGAUUAUUUGUUCUUCACCUUGUAUUAGUAAGUUUUACCACUGAGUUUCUUCUACAUUGCUGUUUGUAUUUAAAAGAAAAAAAUAAUCCAAAAAAAAAAAAAAAAGAUUCGAAAAAAAUUAAAAAACGAUUUUGAGGAAUCAACGUAAAUAUUAAGUUAUCACCAGUCUGUUAAGCAAUAUCUUUGAGUUGUAGCUUAGAAUAGGAGGAUAUUGAACACCUGGAGGACUAGUUCAUUUCAUCUUGAAAUCAUGGUGAGAUAUUUUGGAUAUAUCAAUUCCUUAAGCUAUUGUAACCAUGUUUUAUUGCAGAGAUGUAAAAUAUGCCAGAUGUGUUCAGUUGGAAAUAAAAAAAAAACAUAAAAUAAAAUAUGCAAAUAAUUCAUU